AUGGCGGGCACGCUCAAGUUGUUCGUACCUGCCGCCAACCAGUCGGCACUGCCGGCACUGCCGGCUCUGGCCCAGAACGAAGUCGAGCAGGGCACCAUGAUAGCGGUCUACGUGCUGACCUGCGUCUUGUCGCUCAUGGUGAUAUUCUUCGACUUCAUCGUGAAGGGAGGCGACCUCUUGCCGCACCCACCCGCGCCGAUGCUCAACGAGCGGCGCAUUAAGAUCCUCGACAGCACCCACGCCCCUCAUCCCGUCUACUCCUCCGCCCUCGACCUGGGCCUCAACCUCAACUCCUGA